AUGAACGCGCUGAACCGCUCGGACAUCUGCACCCCCCGGGAACUGCAGCAUGUGUACCUGGACGUGGAGGAUCUCCACUGGAAGCUGCUGUACUCCUACUCCGUCUUCCAUCAGACCGAGAACGAAGCCGGGUUCGUGCGGCAUCUGUGCGACGCGUUGAGCAACUACACCAAGUCUUUGGUGGUGUUUAAGUACUCGGACCGCUUCAGUGUCGCGGUUUACUUCCCGAAACCGCUGAAAGUCGGGGUGGAGAAUACGGAUGUCGGGGAGAUUGUGUACUUUGAGCUGUUCCAUGGGAGGGUGGAGAAACGGAUUGUCCCGGAGGGGAUGAGGGUGUAUUUGGGGGAGGAUCUGUUCCAGAUGUACGCUCCGAUGAAAGAGAACAUCAGAGCAACGAAUAACCAAAGUAGCAUCAGACAGAAGACAGAUUCCUUCGAAACCUCAAACGGGAACAUCGACAGAGAGAAUUCCUUUAUCUGGGUGAAGGGCCAGCGGCCAGCGACCAUGGGAUCGCGGCCGCGCGAUAGAACGCGGAAGAAUGCCGAGGAUAAGCGGCCGGUUAAUGAGGUGCUGGGGCUGCCGUUGGAUGAGCUGCCGAUGGACUACGAGAUCCGGUUCAGUAUUGCCGUUUUGGAUCCGAUGUGGUUCUCCCGAACGUAUACGUCUACGGAAAAAAUGGAUUAUAUAAAAAAGCACAGAUUGAUGGGUGUGGAGAUUUACUACGUUGGUACAGUCAAGCAGCCGGACGGCCGACACACCCGACCCAACCUGACGCCCUUGUCCUUGGGCAACACCACCAUUCCCGUGCACAUCAUCCAGCCAGCGAAGGUCGCUGACUUCCUGGCUCCGGAUUUUGACAAUCCGUUGCCCGAGCAUGCCGCCACCGUGGCGCAGCUGAAAGCCUUCAAAGAAACUGGUAUGAUUAUGCUGGGAAAACGAGCGGAAAGUUUCAUGCCUUUUAUUCGAGUCAUCCACUACUACAGCCAAACCGAAACCCAGUGGUGCUCUAACUUUGUGCAGAUGGUUCUCGAUCAGUAUGGACGCAGCGCCAAAGGAGACUGUGAAGUUCUCCAAAUUCUGUUGUACAUUCCACAGAUGGCGAUUAAAUUUGCCCAGCACUUCGCUGACAUUGACUCGGUUGUGGGUUUGGAAUUAUUGUGCGCGUUACUGCACAGCACCGCCACGCUGCCCACGAGCCACAUCCUUCAAGAAGCGCGCACCAUCACGGAAAAGAUGAAUGACAGGUUUAGCGCGAAAGAAUACACUGAAUUACUGAAAGCCAGUGUGAUGGUGUUGGAUCCCAGUGUCGGCAUUGAAUUCAAUCGGAUGCUUUUUGAAGAUGAGGAUCCGUUAGUGGAGAGUGAUUACCUCAGACGAUUCGGAUAUCUGUCGUGCCUGGAUUUACUGGGAGAGCGAACUAACCAACAGCGGGAGAAGAAGGGGGCUCCGCAGCUUGGAAUCCAGAUGGUGGACAACAACAAAAACCAGCCAGUUGGAAAGUUGGACAACGGGAAAACGAAAAAGAUCAAAUUUAUCUACCGAGCGCAGUACAUCGCAGAGCGUCCGCGCGUCGGCGACAUCGUCCUCUUCACGCGGAUGAACAAACCGAAACGCAGUGAAAGCGUCUUCGACGCAAAGAACGCGGACACGGAAUUCCCGGCGCUCGAGAGGCCGGGCGUCGUUAAGCCGAAGCCGAAUCCCGCGAACCCAGUAGAGAAUGUGGACGCGGGUCCGGUAGUGUGUGUGGGCGUGGUCAAGGACAUCUCCCCCGAUAUCAUCGUCCACUUUGACGCGGCCCCGCCGCCGGAAGUGGCCCUGGCUACUUGGGAGAUGGAGGUGCUGGGCAACUUGACCACCUUCAAACACGCCGUCGACGCUGUGGCCACGUUCGUCGCGCAGAAAGAGAACGGCACGCUGGCGUUUAACGCCAUCAUGGGGCUGCCGUUUGAGGAGGUCGUCGCCGAUGAAAAUGAGAAACUGGAGGAAUUUUUUGCGCUACUGAAGAAAAUUGAGGAGAAACUGGGGGAAAAGAAGGAUCCACGGCAAAAUGUCGUCAAGAUCAAUGAAUCACAGAAAGCGGCGGUUAGAAUGGCCUGUAGCAACAAGCUGACGGUUAUUCAAGGGCCACCCGGCACAGGGAAAACGCAGACGAUAGCGUUCAUGCUACACGUGUUGAUGGAAAGGUACGGGAAAUGCCGGGUGUUGGCGGUGGCCUCAACCAACACUGCCGCCGAUAACAUCUUGCGCGGAAUCCUUAAGCUGAAGACGCUGAUAAAGCCGGAUGACAUCGAUUUUUCGCCGGUGCGCGUCGGUGAUAAAUCGGCGGUGGCGAAGGAUCUGCAGCAGUACACCUUGGCGGAUUUGGCCGAGGGAAGAACCCGCAACGGGACGAAGAAGAGCGCCCAGAAAGUCUUGCAAACGGCGGAUCUUAUCGUGGGCACGUGCGUCGGCGCCGGGCUGGCCGAUCUGAAGGGUGUCGUCUUCGAUGUGGUCAUUAUCGACGAAGCCUCUCAGGUGACGGAGCCGUGCGCGUUGAUCGCCAUCGUCAAAGCCGCGCGGGUCGUCUUAGUGGGCGACCACCAGCAGCUGCCGCCGCAAGUGCAUGAAUUAGCCAAAUCCGACGUUCCCGGCUUGGAUCUGAGUGUGUCGCUCUUCGACCGCCUGGUCCACUCCGACGCCAUCCACGUGCAGAUGCUAGAUGAGCACCACCGUUCCCACCCCUUCAUCAUCGACUUCUGCUCGCGGAUCUUCUAUGGCGGCCGGCUGAAAGCAGUUGUCUCGCCGGCGGACCGGCCCUUGCCGCUCGGCAUCGAGUGGCCCAAUCCGGACAAACCGGUGGUGUUUAUCAAUGUACAGGAGGCGAAGCGGUUUCAGUACGGUUUGCGGGUAAACCACGCGGAGGCGGAGAUGGUGGUCCGUGUGCUGGAGAAACUGCUGCUGCAUGGCGAGGCUAAUGUCACCGCGAAGGAGAUUGGUGUGGUCACUCCGUACCGCCACCAGGUGCAGCAUCUGAUCAAGACACUGAAGGAGACGCCGGCGCUGAAAAUUUUGGCGAAAGAUAUCGAGGUUGUCACCAUCGAUGGGUUCCAGGUUCAUUGAACUGCAGUGUAUGAUAUCUAUUGGCUGAAGUCCGUUGGUGCGGAUUGCAUGGUCGCGAGAAGGAUGUGAUUGUGUUCUCGGCGGUGCGCGACGCACCGGUAACCUCGACUGGUUCAACGACGCGCGUCGCUUCAACGUCCUCAUGACGCGUGCCCGCCGCGGCCUCAUCGUCGUGGCCAACGCCGAGGCGCUGCGAGCCACGGCAGGUUCCUGCUGGAG